GUGAACUCUCGUGUGCAUUCAUAAAGUGGAUUAUGUCCUGUGCAGUGACCACCUGAUGGGAGGUUGGUGACGCUCAUCAAAGCAAGGCCAUAUAAACAAUAAACGCAUGAGAGGAAGGAGGCAGCAAUACAGGAAGGGAGAGGGCUUGGGACUGGCUAGACGUUUUUGGUGCUCUGCAAGGGAAUAGAACCCCCGACGUCCUGCACCAAAGGGGAGCCUACCACUUCACUUUCAAGGAGCUGCUGUAAGCCAUGGCGGAGUUGGACCUGAGCCUCAGUGAUGCUCUGACAGACGGGGUUCCCCAGGCCAGCCCGGAGAGCAGGGUGGAGAGGGACUUUGUAGCUCAGCUGGAGGCCGAGCCAUUUGAAGACGAGGUGGGGGAGACGGUGGGCAAGACGGACUACAUCCCCCUGCUGGACAACGAUGAUAACAGAGCAGCGGCGGGCUCAGCGCUGGAGAAUGGGGAGAAGGAGGUGCAGGGAGUACAGAAGCCUGGUUUGAAGCUGGCAGCAUCACACUCAGAGCCACAGGGAGAGGUGCGGCCGCCUUCUCUGGACCAGGCCUUCAACAUCGACUUGUUAGCAGAUUUCUCCCAGCCAGUGGAUUUCAGCGCAGCCCCCCUGUCUGGUGAAAAGCCCCCCAGUGUAGCAGAGGCUCAGCUGUCCACCCCCCAGUCAGCUUCAGAUGUGCCUAAAGACCACAGCCCGAUGCUCCCAGAGCCUCAGCCUCCACGCAGCCCCAUGGACCUACUCCCAGGUGCAAUUGGUGACUCCUGGCCCAACAAAGGCUCAUGUUUGGACUCAGACCUCCCGUUCACCCCCAGCGUCUCCACGGUGAUCAGUCGUCACGCCAGCCAUCUUGGAGCUAGCCCCGAGGACCAACCUGAUGGGUGGCUGGGCCGGGAAAGCGGAGGCCAUGCUGGCGGUGACGAGAGAGAAACUGAGGGAUCGGACCGAAAGCAGAAGAAAAAGAAGAAAAGACGACAGAAAGAUGAAGGGGUGUUUGAGCACAUGGAGAGCAGGGGCCCAGCAGAGGCACAGGUCCAGGGAGAAAGUUCACCAGGAGAAGACUUCUACAACAGGAUCGGUCCGAGGAGGGACAGAGGGGAGGCUGGCUGGGAGGAACAGCUCGGCAAAGGCAGAGGCAAGAAAAACAAAAGCCGUAAAAAGAUUCCGGAAGAGUGGAGCGUCAUGGCGGAACCCUUCGUUCCAUCUACUGCCGCCACCGCCCAGAUUGUCCCUGACGUCAUGAUGGAGAUUGGAAGUUCUGGUGGUGUGGACUCUCCCUUUCCUGAUCAUCACAAUUGGAGACCGGAACCCCCAGCAGAAGAGAGCCUCAUUCCGACUCCUUUAUCCCAAGAUGUUUUCGCGCCAACAAUCAAUCCCAUCAGCCCCUUGGUGCUAAACAGCGAGCUCAAAGCCACUGCUCCUCCGUUCACCAUGCCUGGAUCAUUCCCGGCAGCGGCCAAACCUGAUGAUUCAUUUGACCUCUUAAUGGAUCUGGAAAAUGGCAACCAAACAUUCUCUUCUACGUUUUCGCCUGAAGUUCCAGCAGGAGACAUGGUGGACAGUGGCAUCUUUGACAAAACUACACCCCUCCAAGAUUCGCAAGUGAUGGCAGACGGAGACACUUCGGCAUUCAGUUCUGCUUCCCAGGCCAGCCCGCCACCCAAGGAUGACGUCCAGGCGUCUGCUCCACCACUAUCCCCGUCGGACGCUUCAUGGUUCCUCAACGAAUCCCAAGUGAGCAGCGGUAACGAUAUUUUUGAGUUCACUGAUAGUUCCGGUCACCAGCUUCCCCUUGGCCUCUCCUUUGAUACCCCGAGUCCAGCUCCUCUACGGUCCCCGAAAACUACAGCUCAAGAGUCACAACCCAAAGACACAAAGAAGUCCAGAAAGUCACGGCAAUCAUCGUCUUCUUCAAAGAGUCCGACCUCACCAGAUGCUAAACCUAUUCCAGCCGAGGACUCUCAAGCAAUCAGCCCAUCUUCACCACCUGCGCCCGGGUCUGCGCUUAACCCAGCAGCCAAGCCUUUCUUUCCCAGUUUUGCUGACUCAGUGGGGGACCCCGCAGAGGUCUCACCAGUGUCUCCUGUUGUUGAAGUUGAACCAGAAAAGACUGAGAAAGAGGAAAAGAAGGAAGACAUGAAGAAAGAUGAGAAGAUGGAGGACAAACUAGAGGACAGUUUGAAGAUGCCAGAAGUUCUAAGUCCACCCGAUAAAGUUGAACAGAAGAGCGUAACAGUAGAAUUUACUAGCGACGAACCUCCUGCUAAGAUGGAAGCAGAGCCACCAAAAGUCCAACCAGUGGAGAAAAAAGAAGAGAUGGAGGUAAAACAAGUCAAAGUUGAGGAGACACCUAAAAUUGAACCAAUGCAAGUUGAAGAAAAACAUGAGAAGAUGGUCAAAGUGGUGGAACCAUCUGAAAACAGAGCUGAUCUAGAAGAAUUUGAGCAUUCACCAAUCAAAAUGGAGGAGAAUGUGGAAAAGAUGGGUGUCAACAAAGAACCUCAAGAAACUGUUGAAGAAAAAGUUCUGAACAAAACGCCAGAAAAGCUGCCAGAAACUGAAAUGAAGGAAGAAUUAAAGACUCCGGAACCACAAGAACCUAUUGUAGAACCAACAGAGAAGAAGGUAGAACAAGAAUCAAUUGAAGAGAAGGUAGAACCAAAACCAAUUGAGAAAAAGGUAGAGCUAGAACCAACUGAGACAAAGGUAGAACAAAAGCCAGUUGAGACGAAGGUAGAACCAGAACUAACCGAAACGAAGGUAGAACAAAAAACUGUUGAGAAUAAGGUGGAACCAGAACCUAUUGUUAAGAAGGUGGAACCAGAACCUAUUGUUAAGAAGGUGGAACCAGAACCCAUUGAGAAGAAGGAGGAGACCAAGAUGGAGCAAACCAAGACAGAGGAGGUAAAGAAGGUUGAAAAGGAGCCUGAGACGGUCCAGGAGGAGACGCAGAACAAAGCAGCACCCGAGAAGAAGACUGUGGACAAGAAGGAUGAGAAGAAAGCUAAAGCAGAGGCAGGGGAUAAAGCUAAAAAAGCUAAGCCUGUGACUAACGGGAGCAGCGUGGUGCCUAGCAAAGAGAAGACCAAGCCCGCUUCUGCUGCUCCAGCCAAACCCGGUAUCACAACCAAAACUCGGCCCACCUCCACCACAGCGCCCCCUACUGGUACAGCCGCAACCAAGAGGCCGACCCCCUCCUCUGCCACAGACAAAAAGACCCUCACAGCCAGGGCCCCCACAGCAGCUAAGCCCACUGCCACCACAGCUAAAGUCCCUAGCACCCGGCCCCCAAGCACAGCCACAGCUGGGCCCAAGAGACCCCCCAGCACCACAAGCAGCCGCCCUGCAUCUACUACAACUGCUACUAGGGACAUUAAGCCUAAGACUGUCCCAGAGAAGCGCGCCCCUGUGCCGAAGGUCUCCACUGAUCCAAAUGCUGCAGCCAAAAACGGAACAGUGGCUCCAAGGAGCAGUACCACGACCCGCACUACAACCACUGCUCGCCCUGUAUCCUCCACAGCUACCAGGAAGCCUCUGGCCGCAAAGACAGAGAGCAAACCUGGGGAGGAGAAGAAGCCUGGCACACUGAGGACAUCCACAGCAGAUGCAACUAAACCCAAACCCACCACCACACGCACUACCCCCACCUCCAGUGCUCCAGCAGCUCGCCCACGCCCCACGGCAGCCAAGCCCAGCACGCCCUCCUCGUCAGUGGGAGAGAAGAAGCCCGCUGCCCCCCGGACAACUCGCCCCACCUCCACCUCCUCCUCCACCACUGGCACCACAGCUACAGCCACAACACGAAGCACCACCACACGGACCAGCACCACCAGGACAACCACCACAAGGACUACCACGGCUCCGGACAUCCGCAACGUGCGCUCCAAAAUCGGCUCCACAGACAAUAUGAAGCACCAGCCCGGAGGAGGGAAGGUGUCAUCAGCCUCACAGAGCAAGGGUGUGGCCUCCAAAGAGCCCAGCCAGGCCAAAGUUGAGAUAGUCUCCAAAAAACUGGACUUCAGCCACGUCACUUCACGCCUUGGCUCCAAGGACAAUCUCAAGCAUGUGCCCGGUGGAGGGAAAGUGCAGAUCACAAAUAAGAAGGUGGACCUGAGCAAAGUGACCUCCAAGUGCGGUUCCAAAGACAACAUCAAGUACAAGCCUGGAGGAGGUGAUGUGAAGAUCGAGUCUCACAAAGUCAACUUUAAAGACAAGGUUCAGUCCAAAGUGGGCUCCCUGGAUAAUGUGAGCCACAGUCCUGGAGGAGGCAACGUCAAGGCUGAGGGGGACCAGGAGCCAGAGGGCCAUGGGACAGCCGUGCCGACAGACCCUCCCGCCCCCCCCAGCCCCAGCUCAGAGGGGGGAGCGGCCCAUCACAACGGCCUCUGUGAAGGGGAGGGGGCGCAGGCUCUGGAUGCCCUCAUCCCCGAGACAAGCCUCUAAUUCUUCUGUCCCUCUGCCCUCGACACCACCUCACCCCCUUUUCACCCCCUCUCAUCCCUCCAUACUUGUUUAUACCAUAUCCCCCUCCCCCCCGUUUAAACCCCACCCUCUGUCACCCCUGUGCUGCAGAUUGAGUUUUUCAAGCUCAACUUCCGCGGGAAAGCUCGCUCUCGCACGGACCACGGCGCUGACAUCAUCACCCGGCCCGCCCCCUCCCCAGGACAGCCGUUACCGCGGCAACCACAGCAGUAGCUCCGCCCCCCUACGCCCAGAUGGCUCCUCCUCGCCCCAGCAUCACCACCGCUCUCUCCCCAUCGAACUGAACUCUCGGAUUUGGCAGAUUGCAUCAGCUUGUCUCUGCCCCACUCGUCAACUAAUUAUUACUAUUUAUAAAUAUUUCAGAAUAGAUUACAAGCUCUAUAAUCUUGUAAUUUAUAUGUAGAAUAUGGCAAAAUGCUACUUUGUCAAAUUCUCUAUACAUUUCAAAACAGCUUCCUUACUCAUAUACGGCAAUGGUUUUCGCCAUGUCACUAUUUCAAAUUCAAAUAUUUGCUGAAUUGUAACAAAUUCUGGAAGCAAAUUGCAAAAAAACAAAAUGCUUUGGUGUAACUUAUCUAAAUCAAAAUUAUUAACAUUGUAGUUACUAUAUAAGGAAACUAUAUCCGAUGACUAGUAGUACCAAUUUUCAUUUGGCAACAGUAAUAUAUUCACAUUCAACAAUUUAAAACAAAAUAUUCUAUCUUUCAAUGGGUUCCCAAAUGUCCAAUAUAUUUUCCUAUCUGAAUUAUGCCAGCUAAUUCCUCCUUUCCCAUUUGAAUCAACUGACCAAAUAUGACUUGAUGUAUGGACAGCCCUUAAUGACAUAUUCCUCCAUAUUAAUCAUAUACAUACAGGUCAACUUCACUGGUACCCCUCGGACUUACCAUCUGGUUGUAACAAUAUGGUCACUUAUCCUGCAGUACUCACUCAAACUCAUAAGCCUACAUAAAAACUACACUAUCAGUCAAAAGAAUGAAUGAACACACAUGGAACACAAGUGUGAAAUAACUAAUGUUUUAUAUUUAGAUUCUUCAAAAUUGCCUUGACCCUUUGCUUUGACAUUUUAUAACCCUGAUAAGGCAAAGCUUUCAAGUGAAAAUCGUUUCAGGAGACUUCAUCAAGAAGCUCAUUGAGAGAAAGUCGAGAGUUUUCAGCGCAGUUGACGAAGCAAAGGGUGGCUGCGCUGAGGAAUGUGAAUCUAAAAUGCAAGUUUGGGGGAAGGGGGUUUGCUACAAAAUUCCAUGGAUCUUGCUUCAUAUAUUCAAUGUGUAAAGUAGUAAAGAUGAAGAAAAAAACAAUGAAUAAGAAGGCGCAUCCAAACUUUUGGCUGGUAGUGUAAAUCUACUACGCAUUUAAAACCGCUAGCCUGUUUCACCCUUGUACUAGUGCUGACGUGAAAUCGUGUAGUUUCUGUGUUUUUGAUUUUAUUUCCAUUUCAUUUAAGACUGUUGUUAAAUUUCUUAAUAGUUUUAGAAAUUUUAAUUUUUCUUUUAGUGCUCAUAAGUCACAGAAACACACAGGAUUCUGUACACCCUGGCACUCAGUGGGAAGAGGAAUGAGAGCAUGGAAGUCUGUUUAGAAAAAACAGGAAGUCGAUUUUGGAAGAGAAAGUGACUCAAAGGACUUUUCCUAAGUGGGAGGAACUGUGUUCUGUAUGCAGAGGUGGGCAGAGUAAUCAGAACUUGUACUCGAGAAAGAGCACUGUUACUUUAAAAUAGUGUUAGAAGUACAAGUAGAAGUACAAAGUAGUGGUACUAAGAGUCACUCAAGUCAGUUUUUAUAAAAGUAUUUAGUAUUUAGGUUGCAACAUCUUAAUUAUAAUUUGAAGUUAAUGUAAUUUUAAGGACAAUACAUUAAAUAAUACACAAAAUCUUGCAAGUAUGUAGCAAUAUAGCAAAAAUGAGACAAACUAAAUCAUAUUUGAAGAAGUGGUGCAAGAAACACAAAUGUCUAAAUCAUUUCACAUUGUCAACAUAAAGUUUUUGUCACUUGUAGAUUUACUCACAGGGAGAAGAGUAACCAAAAACUUUACUCAAGUAAGGGUACUAUUACACUGUCAAACAUAUUACUCAAGUAUAAGUAAAGUACUGCAAAAAGUACAAUUUUAUUUGAAAGUUGCUCGAGUAAAUGUAACUGAGUACCCCCCACCUCUGCUGUAAGUGCCUGUUGUCAAUAGGAAGUAGUCUGCUGCUUACCUGUGGAUAAGAAAAUGAAUGGUAUUACAAAAGUUGAAAGUUUGAAACGACUAAAGAAAGAUUGUUGACAAAGCAUCAAAGUUGGAUUCUAGCGUAGCCUCCAGCUGCCUUUCUCCGCAUGACCAGACCAUGCCCUCUGCACUAACCCCCUGUGUGAAAAUAUGACCCACACAUCUUAAAGGCGCUGGACCUGAUUUUUUUCUCACUUAGCGUAUUCAUUCUGAGCAUCUUAAUUAUUCACCACAAUGACCGCGGUUUUGCUUGUCACAGUAAAACAAACAAGAAAUAGCAUCCUAACCGUGCACUUCCUGAUUGUCAGACAGCACACAGCUUACUUAUUUUGACCUCUAGAGCUGCUUCUACAAUAUAUCUGUACUGGGACAAGACACAAUUUGCUCAAAUACGUGGACAAAAAUCGGGUACAGCGCCUUUUAAACAGGAUUUGUAUCUCUUCAUUGAAAAGCUGUUGUCCGUGAUCUAUGUUGGUGAUUUUGCUGUUCUAUGCAUGCCUCUAUAUCAGGUAAGAACAAAAAUACAACAGAUUAAUACAAGUAGUUAAGGCCAUUAUUUAAACCAUUGAAAAUAAAUUGGUUUUGUAAAAUGUUUAAUGCAAGAAAAAAAAUGUGUUUGAAUAUUACAUAUAAAAACAUAUAUUGUAGCACCCCAGUACCUUAAAGUAACAGUGUAGCAGCUGACCCCACUGCUAUGCACCAAAGGACAAUGCUGAAUUCUAGCUAGAUCUCUGCCUUAUUUUUAAACCAUAUCCGAUUGAGAGAUUUUCAUUACAUAUUUGAAUUAUUUUGAAAUUUACAGUAAUAUAUGACAGUUUAAAAUCUACAAAAUUUGUAUUUAAGUUGUAAGAAUUUAUGCAAAAAUCACAAAAUUUACUCAUCACAUCAUAUACCUGUAUACAGUUGUUUUCUUUGUAAAAUUACUUUCUCAAUUUCACUCUGGCCUUGAUAUCAUAUUCUUCCCCUUUUUAAUAUUGCUUAUAAAAAUUGAAAAGCACCUUAAUGAUUUAUCAAAGAGGUCUCUAACAGAAGGCCUUAAAAUAUUCAGAUUUUCAGAAAUAGACUAAAAAUUAUUUCAAAAUUUGUAUUCAAGUUUUGCAUGUGAAUAGAGCAAUAAUAUGUAUACUUUAUUUUAACCCCACAUAACCAUCCCUUUAACACACUUGUUAUUAUAGGCCUAUACUUAAAGUGAUGCAGCUUGACUAGAUUUUUUUAUUUUAGUUUAUUUUUAAUUUUUGCCACAUCUUGCUAGAUUUUACCACAUAUUUUCCUGAGAAUUUAAAUUUUAGUAUUUGCUUAAAAAAAUUUAAAAAAAAUAUAUAGCAAUGGGUCGAGUGGAAGGAGGGUUUUAGACAAUGAAUUUGACAGUUUUAGCAUUUUAACUUGACUAUUCCUCUGAUGAUGAUGAUGGGAUUCCUGUUGGAAUUUGGGCCCUUUUUCAUUCGGAAGGGGCCGUCAAAAUGCAAAGAAUGUUUUUUUGAGAUAUAUUGUAAAAGACGCAACACUUUUGUAUAUUAUUUAUCGUUGUGUUCAUGUUAGCCCUAUGCUAGUUGUGUUUGGACAAUUCGCAAAGGUGAACUUUAAUUUUGUUCUUUUGGGAGAGAAAACUGGGAUUUGUGUUUUGAGAUUUCAGCUGGCAUGGUCUUUUGUGUAAUCAGAUAAUCUACUUUGAUUUUAACAAUAAUACUUUUUUCAUCUGCAAUAGGCCAAUAUUUGUGCACAGUUAUGUCCUCGGUAAUUUAAAUACAUUUACUAGCCUAUAUAGCCUUCCUAUUUAGAGCAUAGUGGUUUAAAUUGCCACAAAAAUACUUAUAUUCAGUUUUGACAAGUCUGUAAACAAAUAGCAAAUGUAUUUCUAUAAGCUAAAUGGCUACACCACUUGCACCAACAAAUCAAUCCAAUUUAUUUAAUUAAAUAACUUUUUUAACUUAAACAAAAUAGUUUUAAGAAAUUCACGAUGUCGUUUAAAAGGGAAAUAAAAGAGUGUGGAAAGAACCUUAAUAAUGUAUGAUAUCAUUUCUCUUUCACACAUUGUGGGCUGAAACUAUCCUUUCUAGACCUAUCGGUGCAUGUUUGUACACUAGGUUUGCCCUGGCCGGAUGCUAUCCCUGUGUGAGAAAAAUCUGACAUUAGCCGUGCAGUUUGUGUGAGAAAGCUACUGCACAUAUAGCAGCUGUUAGCAUAACACUAGCUAAAGCCAGAGCAUGCUACCAACAAUGGGAUGUAGUGUUAGCUAGAAUUACUCUUGUCAUUUUUAGAAAACUCAUUGUUUUGUGUUUUUGUUUUUUUGUUGUUUUUUUUUCAUUAAUUAAGAAUUUUAUUUUCUUGGUUUGAACAAAGUGUUUAUUGUGAUUACUUGUUAAUUAGUGAUGUGAUUAUUAAACAUGAAUAAAAUGACCUAAAACU